UGCUUGCCCAGCCGGAGCCUGUUAACUGCUAGGCUGCCGAACUCCUGGAGAGAAUGCAGCUCCCCAGCCCCUGGCUGCCUUCCAAGCAGUGCUCCUCUCUGUGUGGGGAUGGGAGCCCUUUUGAGGAAAGCGAAUCUCCCCGAGGCAACAGUCCCAGGCAGCGAUGCCAGGAUGCCUGUCUCUACUGCCCUCCACCAAGAUGGCAGCCAGGAGCGGCCGCCAAGCCUAAUGUCCACCACCUCAUCAUCCGGCUCCUCCCGUGACAGCCACAGUGCCAUGGAGGAGCCCGCUGGCUCCGAGGCUUCAGCCCAGAAUGGCACAGCCUCCCCUUGGAGCCGACACAUUCCCAACAGCAACAACAACUCCAGCAGCUGGCUGAACAUGAAGGGACCCCUCUCUCCAUUCAAUGGCCGUGCUGGAACAAGUCCAGCCCAUCACAAGCUCAGCUACCUGGGCAGGGUGGUUCGAGAGAUCGUGGAAACAGAGCGCAUGUAUGUGCAGGACCUGCGCAGCAUUGUGGAGGACUACCUCUUGAAGAUCAUUGACACUCCCGGGCUCCUGAAGCCAGAGCAAGUCAGCGCCCUCUUUGGGAAUAUCGAGAGCAUAUAUGCACUGAACAGCCAACUCCUCAGAGACCUGGACAGCUGCAAUAGUGACCCUGUGGCUGUGGCCAGCUGCUUCGUGGAAAGGAGCCAAGAGUUUGAUAUAUACACUCAGUAUUGCAACAACUACCCCAACUCAGUGGCAGCCCUGACAGAGUGCAUGCAGGACAAGCAACAAGCCAAGUUCUUCCGAGACCGGCAGGAGCUGCUGCAGCACUCCCUGCCUCUGGGCUCCUACCUGCUUAAGCCGGUCCAGCGAAUCCUCAAGUACCACCUGCUGCUCCAGGAAAUCGCCAAGCACUUUGACGAAGAAGAGGAUGGCUUCGAGGUGGUCGAGGAUGCCAUUGACACCAUGACGUGUGUGGCCUGGUACAUCAACGACAUGAAGAGGAGGCACGAGCACGCAGUUCGGCUACAGGAGAUCCAGUCACUGCUCAUUAACUGGAAGGGACCAGACCUGACCACCUAUGGGGAACUGGUCCUGGAAGCCACCUUCCGCGUACACCGUGUGCGCAAUGAGAGGACUUUCUUCCUCUUUGACAAGAUACUGCUGAUCACCAAGAAGCGGGGCGAUCACUUUGUCUACAAGGGUCACAUUCCGUGCUCCUCACUGAUGCUGAUCGAAAGCACCAGAGACUCUCUGUGCUUCACCGUCACCCACUAUAAGCACAGCAAACAGCAAUACAGCAUCCAGGCCAAGACAGUGGAGGAGAAGCGGAGCUGGACUCACCACAUCAAGAGACUUAUCCUGGAGAACCACCAUGCCACCAUACCCCAGAAGGCCAAGGAAGCCAUCUUGGAAAUGGACUCCUAUUAUCCCAGUAGGUAUCGCUGUAGCCCAGAGCGUCUGAAGAAGGCUUGGUCCUCCCAGGAUGAGGUGUCUACCCAUGUGCGGCAAGGACGCAGGCAGUCUGAGCCUGGUUAUACCCUGUUCAACAGGGCAACGCUUCCCAGCAGGCAGCAAGGAUUCGAGAUGCCAGGCCUUAAGGGCCGUAGAAAGUCGGAACCGACCAAACACCUACUCAGGCAACUGAAUGACAAAGCCAAAGCAGCAGGGAUGAAGCAUGCAGGCAGUGCUGGAGCCCUCUUGGACUUUGGGCAGCCACCCCAUGCACGGGACCAGCAGCCAGAGGCUGAGGGGGAUGCCAGGGAGGAGCUUGAGGAAGAGGAGGAGAUAGUGGAGGAGGAAGAGCAGCAGCGGCAAACCUUCCCAGUCUCCCUGGAAGACCUGGCAGGGCAUGAAGGCAGCGACAAGGUGCCUGGGCCAGAGCUCCCGGGCUCGGAGGAGGAAGAGGAGGAAGAAGAGAAUCUAGCAAUGGCGGAGCAGGGGAAGAGACACCAGGAGGCCGAAGGCUCCAAGAGCAGCAGAAGGCCCAGCAACCGGUCUCCAACCAGUGCGGAGAAACGCAUGAGCUUCGAGUCUUUUUCUUCCCUGCCAGAGGUUGAGACAGGUGCUGAGCCUGGGGCCGAGCAAGAGGCCUUUAUUGCCUUGGAAGGUCCCAGCACUGAGGAGAUGCCUUCAGACCCAGAAUUCCCAGAAGUCCUGGAAACACAGCUUCACACCUCGAAGGGGAUGCUGGGUGUGGACAACCCAGCUGAUGUAGACUUUGUGGAGCCGGAGGGCUCUGAAGACCUUAAAGCCCUGAGUAGUGAGGAGGAAGAAGAGGAGGGAAUGGGAGCUGCCCAGGAACCUGAGAGCCUCCUGCCACCCUCUGUGCUAGACCAAGCCAGUGUUAUCGCUGAGCGGUUUGCCAGUAGCUUCUCUCGGCGGAGCAGCCUGGCAAUGGAGGAUAGCAAGUCCAGUGGCAUUGGGACUCCACGGCUUGUCAGCCGGAGCAGCAGUGUGCUCAGCCUGGAAGGCAGUGAGAAGGGCCUAGCCCGAUGGGGCAGCACCGGGGACUCCCUCAGCAACCCACCCACCCCAGAAGUGGCCACUGUUACAGAUACGGUCACAGACAGUGGCCCUUCUGUCAAUGGGACAGAAUCUCCAAAUGCAGGCUCAGGCUGCCCUAUGGAACCGGACAGAACUUCCUGCAAGAAAAAGGAAUCGGCAUUGUCCACCCGAGACCGGCAGUUGCUGGACAAAAUCAAGAGCUACUAUGAAAACGCGGAGCACCACGAUGCAGGCUUCAGCAUCCGUCGCCGGGAGAGCCUCUCAUACAUCCCCAAAGGACUGGUACGCAGCUCCGUGUCCAGGUUCAACAACCUUCCCAAGCCAGAAGCAGAGCCAGCACCUCCAGUUGGGUCCAAGAGGCUGGGGAGCUCUCGGCCAGUCUCAUGGACCUUGUUUGACCUCCCAGGACCCAGCCGGACAGUCACAGGAGACCUAGCUCCUGUCACAGAUACUGAGUUCCGCCCAUCUUCAGAAAUUGUAAAGAUAUGGGAGAGAAUGGAAUCUUUGGAGAGAAGUCCACGGACGGGGUCUGGCCAGAGCCAGGCCAAUGGCUUUGAACUCCAAGAGCCGCUGUUCAUCUUGGAGGAGCAUGAGCUGGGGGCCAUCACUGAGGAGUCUGCUGUCGGCACUCCAGAAAGUGCCUCGCCGACUGAGCAGCCCAGUCCAGCCCACCUGGCCCGGGAGCUGAAAGAACUGGUGAAAGAGCUGAGCAGCGGUGUCCAGGGGGAGCUGGUUACCCCGCUGCACCCCCGUAUUGUGCAGCUCUCCCAUGUGAUGGACAGCCACGUGAGUGAGCGGGUCAAGAGCAAGGUCUACCAGCUGGCCCGCCAGUACAGCCUCCGCAUUAAGAACAUCAAGGCCAGGCCACCUCUGCCCUUCGAAAAAGCAGCUUCCGACAGGGAUGAACAGAUCUCUACCAUCUCUGGCCUGCCUGAGGAAACUGGAGAGCUGUCAGGGGGCAAAGGCAGGAGGAAGCCUGUGCUAUCCCUCCUCAGCUAUGAGCAGCUGAUGGCACAGGAACACGGUGCCUCCAAGUCUUCCUCUGCUGUGGAGACCUCUCCACGCCGUUUCUCCUUCAGCCCUUCUGCUGUCAGCCCACGGACCACCCCACCAGGGUCUCGGCCCUCCGCUCGGAGCCCCCUCAGCCCCUUCGACACCGAGACCUUCAACUGGCCUGAUGUCCGAGAGCUCUGCUCCAAGUAUACCUCCCAGGACAAGGCCGCCCAGGCGGAGAGCAGCUGGCCCCGUGGCUUGCUGAUCAACCGGAGCCGCUCCUUGCCUGAGAACGUUAUAGAGCCUCCUGUGUCGGGCAAGGUGGGCCGCUGCUGCAGCUUCAACACCACCAAGAGGCACCAGGGAGCCGGGGAGGCCUCCCAGCCUCCACUUCCUUAUUCUCCUCCCCAAAGCAAGCUGAAUGGAGGCGAAGCCCUGUAUGUCACCGCAGACCUUACCCUGGAGAACAACCAGCGAGUGAUUGUCAUGGAGAAGGGGCCCUACCCUAGCUCCACUGUGGGGCUGGAGGAGGGCAGUGGGAAGGAACCAAGUUCACCAGUGCCUUUGAAGGGCCAGGGCCAGGGCCAAGGCUUCCAAGAGGCUGAAGAGCACCAACCCAAGGAAGAAGGUUCCUGGGACCCAGCGGAUACAAACAAGCAGGGGAGAGUGAGAAACCUGAGGGAGAAAUUCCAGUCCUUGAACUCUGUGGGCUGACUGACUCCCGGAAGGGAGAACAGCCAUGCUUGAGGAGGAAAGGGCCUGCCUGGCAUGCUUUCCUUCCGGCCUGGCUCACUAAGGCUGGUCAUCCAUUCUUCUGGAAGAACGGUUU